CAAAAGGAAGCAAUCGGACAAUUCGCGACUCUGGGCGGCUGACGCUGGAAAGAAUCGAGAGCGCUCCGGGGGAAUAAGAAGGGGCGGACUCUGCCCGUCCCGAAGGGCUCUGAACAGGCGCUCCGCAGCGGCCUCGCUUUCGCCUUCUGCAGCCCCGGGUUCUGCGCGCGGCUCACGGAUUCUCCUCGGAGGCGGCUAUGGAACAACUUUCAGAUGUCUGGAGUCUCCAACUACACCACAAUGAUGCUGAGCCCAGAUGGGCGGGUCUUGUAUGUUGGUGCCCGCGAGAUGCUUCUUGCUCUGAACACCAGGGCCUUCUCUCCCGGGCCCCAGCACCAGCAGCUGAUCUGGCAUGCCGAGGAGGAAAAGAAACAGCAGUGCAUCUUCAAGGGCAAGGAUCCUCAGAGAGACUGCCACAACUACAUCAAGGUCCUCCUGCAGCUGAAUGAGACCCAUCUGUACACCUGCGGGACCAGCGCCUUCAGCCCCACCUGCACCUACAUUAGCCUGCCAGCCUUCCAGCUGCAGCAAGACCCUUUGGGGAAGCUCUUGCUGGAGGAUGGAAAAGGACGCUGCCCCUUUGACCCGGAGUACAGAUCUACAGCCAUCAUGGUUGAUGGUGAACUGUAUACGGGUACCGUAAGCAAGUUUCAGGGCAACGAGCCCACCAUCUUCCGCAGCCUUGGCAGCCGCACACCCAUCAAGACGGAAAGUUCCCUCAACUGGUUGCAAGAGCCAUUCUUUGUGGGCUCAGCCUACCUGCAGGAGAGCAGCAGCCCGGAGGAUGAAGAUGGCAAGAUCUACUUCUUCUUCAGUGAAACUGGCAAGGAGUUUGACUUCUUUGAAGACACUGUUGUGUCCCGUGUUGCACGUGUAUGCAAGGGUGACUUGGGCGGAGAGCGUGUGCUCCAGCGACGAUGGACAACCUUCCUGAAGGCUCAGCUACUCUGUUCCCACCCAGAGGACGGCUUCCUCUUCAAUGUGCUUCAGGACAUGUUUGUGUUGACGUCAGGCAAUGGCUGGACAGAGACGGUGUUCUAUGGGGUCUUUACCUCUCAGUGGGACAGGAAAGGCCCUGGGGCUGCAGCAGUGUGUGCCUUCUCCAUCUCCGAUGUGAAGGAAGCCUUUGAUGGGCUCUACAAAGAGGUCAACCGGGAGACACAGCAGUGGUACACAGACGUCCAUCCUGUGCCAGAACCCCGCCCCGGAGCAUGCAUCAGCCACAAGACCCGCCAGAUGAAGAUCACCUCUUCGCUGCAGAUGCCGGACCGGGUUCUGAACUACCUGAAGGACCACUUCCUAAUGAGCAGCGCUGUGAGGAGCCAAGCCCUCCUUGUGCAGCCCCGCUCCCGUUACCAGCAGCUCAGUGUGCAGCGUGUCCAGAGUCUGCAGCAAACAUACGAUGUCUUGUUCCUGGGCACAGAUGACGGCCGCUUGCAUAAGGCAGUGAUCACAAGGCGAGGAGUCCGGAUCAUUGAGGAGAUUCAGCUCUUCCCUCCUGAGCAACCGGUCCUGGAGCUGCUGCUGGACUCUACCCAGGGUCUGGUUUAUGCUGCCUCGUAUGAUGCCCUGGCACAGGUGCCCAUGGCCAAUUGCAGCCUGUAUCGGAGCUGUGGAGAAUGUGUCCUGGCCGGAGACCCUUACUGUGCCUGGAGUGGAGGGGCCUGUCAGCUGCUCCUCCCCAGCCCUUGGCCGCUCCAGCCAGUGACCUGGAUUCAGGACAUUGAAGGGGCUGAGACAAGCCAGCUUUGCCAGACCAGCGGUGUGGAACUCAGCCAUUCAGCAGGAGAACAACCCCAAUGUCAGCAGGUGGUGCUCCAGCCCAACGUUGUGAUGCCGUUGCCCUGCCCACUGCUGUCCAAUCUGGCUUCCCGGCACUGGGUGCACAACGGGGCUGCCCUCGGCGCCGCUGUCCUGGUGCUGCCCAAGGGAGAGCUGCUGCUGGUGGGGAGCCCAGCCGAGGUGGGCCGCUAUGAGUGCUGGUCUCAUGAGGGCAGCUUCCAGCAGUUGAUGGCAAGCUACUGUGUGACUGUGGAGCCAAGGCUCUGGGCCAAGCUGGUGCCUGCCCAAGACCCCCUGAAGACCCUCAGCACCUCCAGGAGCAUCUCGGGAGAGAACAUCUCAGUGCUGUUGGAGGGCAGGACCUACUGGACUGAGUUCCUUGUGAUGUGUGGGCUCUUCAGUAUUGCCGUGAUGCUGCUGAUCCUUUUCACGCUGCACAAGCACCAGGUCAGCCUGAAGGUCUGCCUCAAGCAAGGCCGAUGCAGCUGGUCCCAUCCCAGGACUUCGCAGGACAGAGAGGCCCUGCCCACUGAGAAUAUGCCUCCCCUGGCUGCCCUGAACGUGUCUGGUACUCUGGCAGACCACAAGGGCUACCAGGCUCUGUGCGAGAGUCUGGUGGUGAGCACGCCUGGGCACGAGUCCCUAGCCUGCCCACGCGUGGCUUUUCUGGAGUCUGAUCGGCGACCACUUAAUAUAUCUAAGACUUUUGUGGAGGUGUUGGGUCCUGCCCAGCGCCCUCGGGUUCGCCUUGGCUCUGAGAUCCAGGACUCGGUUGUGUGACCUUCCCCGAGAGGUGCCGUUCUUGUGGGCUUGAAAGGAGCCGGGCGGAGUCUUCUGGUGUCACCAUACUCUGGCAGAGGAACAGGCAGAAGGGCAGCCCCGCUCAGUUAGGGAAUAGGGUCAGGCCCUCUAGUUCCUGCAUGGCAGUAAUGCCACGUAGGGUAGCCACCCGAUGUAGAAACCAGGUGCAGCCUCACGUUCUAGGCUGCCCUUCAGGCUCAAGCAGUCCAGUCCUUACAAGCUCUGCCAGGAGGGGACGGAAUGGGACAACUGCCUGUGUGCUCCUUCAGGGUCUCCGGGCACCAGGCUCCCAUUUCUUCGGCCUUGUGGGUGGGACCGUUGCUGGGAGGGUAACUUGUGUGGUACCAAAGAGCCUCCUGGAAGUCACCUGUGAAGAAGAUACUCUGGUUGAGCAUCCUGUCUUUGGGAAGGAGAGCCUGGGAGAUACGUUGGUCUGACUUCUAAUGAACUGUGCACUAGGGAGGCGAUUGGUGGACCAUUUCGUAUCAGAAAAACUCCCGUGUGGUUUCUUUGUAAAACCAGAGACUUGGUCCUGGGGAAGGGAGUGGGUAAUAGGUGAUAUCCACUGAUGAGCAGAAAACAUCGGGGAGCAUCCCCCAGGGUGUGCUCCAGAACAACAGAAGCUACAGCCGGCUCAUAAAAGGAACCUAUUUCAAAAAUCUUGUCUCCCGAGAUUUGACAAACUCCAACCAUCACACUUUAAGAGGCCUUUCUCCCCAGUGAAAUAUUUAAUAACCUUUCUGUUAUUCUGUGUAAAUAUUCCUUUACACAGGCUUAAUAUCUUGCCUUCCAGGGGAGGGAGGAGCAGUGAUCCACGACUCUUGGACCAUGUUUGGGUGAAGCCAUUGAAAGAGUUCCUCUGCUGCCUUUGAGACCGUAGCUGGUGCUCUGAAUAAUUGCCCCAUUACUAAAUGUUUGGCUGGCCUGAGGGGGGAGAAGCCAUCUUUGCUGGUAACUUGGGUGCAGUUGCCCUAACGUGGGGCUUGACUUUGGUUCAGGAGUUUGUUGAUUGAUCAUUGUUUGUGGUCUGUGACCAUAAACCAUCUCCCUUGGCCUGUUCCACCAACUGGAUGGAGCGGCUGCUUUGUGAAAAGGCCAAGUCCCCACCCACCAAAGGUGUUAACUCCUGAAGGCCCAAGGACAGUCCAAGAGGACCCACCAGGAUUCCUGCAGGGAAAGUUCCUUGCACCGCUGGAAGCAGGGAUCUUCGUGUGCUGUUUUGGGCUCCCAGAGGGAAGGGAGCUGGGCAGCUGCUACAGCUGUUGGUCAAGGACUGAGCAAUAUAGAUGAACUUGUUCUUUGGAAGUGAAAUAAAGAUGGAGGAACAUGA